CUACGUUGAAUAACAUACGCAAUCCCCUCAUCCAGAUUGCAUAUGGUUUUGAUUUUUGACCCAUCUAAAUUUUGAUAUUUUCCUUUAUUUCCUCUUUAAUUUUAAUUUUUGCCAUUUCCUACCUCUCUCGCUCCAUCCACUCUGUGAAAGCCUGAAACUAAUGUACUCUCUUUUUUCAUAAGAUGAGAAUCUUAAUUUCGUGAGGACGAAAUUAAAUAAGGAAUUUUAUUUUUUCCAUCAAAAAAAGGAAAAUUCUUUUUCCUGGAAAAGAAAAAUGGUGCAGACCCUUUCAUGGAGUAGUGCCUUAACAACCUCCGGAAACACGGCUGUUUAUGGAACAGAGGUAGUGGGAAGGAGGCAUUUUGAGAUAACUGGAAAAGCCCAUAUGAAAUCUGGGAUUGGUAUACAAGCUCUCUGGCAUGGGUAUGUACCAAGUUUUUACUUUAAUGGCAAACCCAAUUUGUUAAAGAAAAGGAAUUUGGGGGUUAAAGCCGGGUGGCCAUUUAGAGGAGGUGAUCAGGCGUUGGAUGCAAGCUCAGAGCGUAGUGAGACUGCUAAUGAGGAUAUACUGAUUUUCUUUUUCCAGCUAGAUUUGGCUACUCAAGUACAGCGUGCUUUGAAUUUGGAAGAAUAUGAAAUUGCACAGCAACUUAGAAGCAAGCUUACUGAGGUUGAAGCAGAAAUCCUUAAGCAGCAAGAUGCAAAAAGAGGUUUAUCAUCAAAGAGUGAAGCCCAAGAUAAGGCUAUAAGUCUUGUGCGUCUACGCGCAGAACUGCAGAAUGCAAUUGAGAAUGAGAAUUAUGCUUUGGCAGCUCAAUUACGGAAUGACAUUUCCAAACUCGAGGCAGAAUCUUUGGCUGCAUCUGCAAAAGCAUUGGCACAUGAAAAUGCACAAUAUGCAUUUCGUUUGGGACAGAAAGUUCAGCAUAAAAUUUUUGGUUAUCGAGCCGUAGUUUGUGGGAUGGAUCCAGUGUGUUGUGAAUCAAGUUCAUGGAUGGAAGCUGCACAGGUUGAAAAGUUGUCUAGCGGUCCUAGUCAGCCAUUUUAUCAGGUCUUGGUUGAUGUAUAUGCAGACCCCAAUCUACUAGUGACAUAUGUUCCUGAGGAGAAUCUUUUAGCCCCAGAGCAACCAGACUUGAGAAGGUUCGAUCAUCCCUAUGUUUCUUUUCUAUUUUACGGGAUGGAUGCAGCUGGAGAUUUCAUUCCUAUCAAGCAGUUGCGUGAAAAGUACAACAGGCCCCGGCAUGAAAUUCCCCUUGAUCCAGAAGGUGAUGAAGGUGGACGCAUUGCAUGAACAAAUGAGGCCUGAUGUCCAUAGCAGUUUGCUUCAAACGUAUCAUUGGUGUCUCCGGAGAAACAUCACAUUCCUUGCCAGAACAACCAUGAAGCAAGCGUAUGACACUGAUUUCAUGUAUUAUAGCCAUAGUAUAUCUCUUUCCUUCUUUUUGCCUUUCCUAGAGUAAAAAUGAUACUUUCUGAUCAGUUGGAGAUAUCAUCCAUUAAACCUUUUACUGAAAUCAGAAAUUUUCUGGCAUGAAUUGGUUUUCACCACUCACUGAUUACGGUUCCUGCUAUAGUAACAUUAUAGUUAUUUAUAGUGAAAGCAUACGAGGAUAAGGAUGAACUAUUAUUGAUUUCGACGGAUUCAAGGAUGAGAUUAAACAUGGCCAUAUGAUCCAUACAGGCUAAACCAAUUUGGUGUCGCAUAAAAGAUCGCCUUUGAGGCCAUUUAUUAUGAACAAGGAGUGGACUUUCUUGAGAGAAUCGAUAUUUUUGCAGAAACCCAGGAGAGCAAAACACGGGUUUGAAGAAAUUAAUUGCACUGAAGCUUGAGACAUAUCCAUCGAAGGGUUGUCAUUAGUGUAAGAAAGACAUCCAUUGAAGGUUAAGAUUUUCUCUUGUUAAGAGAAACUGAAAACUUGAGUGAGAAGCUUUAUCACCAUUUUUAUUCAAGUUUAAAGCUUUCUGGUUAAACCAUCCCGCCAUUUUGUAACGUGGUUUGGUUUUUUCAGUAAUGAUUCGGUUGUUCUUUUCAAAGUAACUCCGAGACUUACGCAAUUUAUUUGUUUCUCUCAAAAGGAUUGUCUUUGACACCAUUUUGUCGGUGUAAAGGUAUGUUUGGUCGGACACGCAAUCCAGUUUAUGUUUCCUCUU